AUGUCCAACGGAAUAAAAGGGAAAGGCAAACUCGGCGAUCCGCCGCAAACGCUGUUUAGUCCACUCUUCGCCUCAAAUGGCUCCCCCCAAGCUGGCCGUCCUAGCAGCCGCGCCCACCAACUCACCGCGACCACCGCCGGUGGUUCAUCCACAUCCGCAUUCGCUUCACCCGCCACAUAUAGCUCUUUGACGAGUCCCACUCCCAACGCCGCGCCCGACCACAGCAGCACCACAAGUCCCCUCAACAUCCACCUCCCACCUCUUUCCGGUCUUGGGCCCCAUGGCACUCACCCGCCUUCCUUCCGCAGCCGUGAAUCCACACGCACGACGGACCGCACCGAUGCGUUGUGGGCGGAGAUGCAAGCGACGCUAGAGGCGGUGGAGUUAACUGCGAACGGUACCGGCAGUAACAGCAAGAACAACUCUGGGAGCGCCGGAGGCGGAGCCACCACGACGGUCAACAGCGUGUUCAGCCCGGAUCACGAACGCAAGCUGGACGAGCUGCGGGCGGCGCAGAUUGCGCUGGCACAGGCGUGGGCGCGGAGUGAAGCGGAUGAGGCGAUGGAGACUACGGGGAACGGCGGGGGUGAUGGUCUUGGGUUUGGUCUUGGUGCUGGUGCUGGGGGGAUCUCGGAAGGGAAAAGCGUGGCCACGGAUGCCGGGGCGGGUGGGAUGGGGAAGAGCACGGCUGGGACAGGGAGUGCAAGGCCUGGGAGCAGUGGGCUUGCAACCGCUGGUGCUGGCGGCCAGGGGAAGAAUAUGGAAGAGGAAACUGAGGUGGACCUCCUGCUAGCGAGAAAGAGGCGGGAGGCAAAUGAUCGAUAUUUUCAGAGGGUAAACCAAGGCGUACUGGAUGUGGUUGCAAAGCUGGAGGAUGUGGCGAUUGCCAUGCGGGCGGUCGAGCAGGAAAGCAAGGAGCUUUGGGGGGAUGAGACCGAGAGUGUUCCGGGAACCGUCAAGUCUUGA